AUGGGAGGUGUAUAUGAAAGAUUAGUUGGAAUUGUAAAGCGUGCAUUGAGGAAAGCUCUAGGAAAGAAAUUGUUAUUGAUGGAUCAAAUAAGCACUGUCGUUAAAGAGAUAGAAGCUGUAGUCAACAGGAGACCUCUAGUGUAUGUUGGCGAAGACAUAAAGUCAUCAAUAACUUUAACACCAGGUCAUUUUCUCUGCUUAAAUCCGAAAACUGGAAUACCAAAUCUUGAUUAUGAUUACAGCGAUCCAGAAUUUAAACCAUAUGAAAGUUCUGCCGAGAGGUUAUUACAACUAUGGAAAAAAGGAGAACGACUCCUGAAUAAAUUUGUGAUCUUAUGGCGAGAUGAAUAUUUGCUUAGUUUACGAGAGAGAUCACAGAACAAAAUUAAAUCUGUAAAAGUGCAAUCAUCCGAAUCACCGAACUUAGGAGAUAUAGUUAUAAUAAAAGAUGAUCUUCCACGGGGUCAGUGGAAACUAGCAAAAAUAAUAAAUUUACGCACAAGUAGGGAUGGACAAGUUCGGUCUGCUGAAUUAGAAACCUCAAUUGAACAAAUUUUGAGACGGCCUCUUAAUUUGCUUUACCCUAUUGAAAUGUCAGAGUCAAAAAUUAGGGAUCCAGAUAUUAAAAGAAAUUCACACCAGCAAGAGACAGAAGCAAAGAAUUGUCAAUUAAAAACAUUAAGGCCUAUGCGUAAAGCUGCGGAGAAAGCUAGACAAAUGUUCCAAAAUAUGUGA